AUGUAUCAUGCCAUUAAAGAAUGGGGUGGAACUCCUUUUGGCUUUAUUGAUGAUGUGACUAUUACCGUUGAAGGUAAAAUUGAAGAAAAUACCAAAAGCUUAAGCAACAUAUUAGAAAAAUGUUGUAAUUGGGCUAAAUCAAGAAUGACCAAAAUUGAUUUGGGUGAUAAAUUGGGUUUUAUUCAUUUUACAAAAAAUGUGAAACCUAAAGAUGAGAAAGUGCAACUUACUUUACCUAAUGGAGAACUUCGUGAACCCCAGAAGGAAGUUAAAUUGCUUGGAAUUACUUUGAACAAUCUGCUUGAUUUUAAAUCUCAUAUUUUGAAUAAAAUCAAUAAAGCAAGAAAAGCUGUUGGUGCUAUUUGGCAUCUUGGUGGCGUGCAAAAAGGUAUGCGAGGGUCUGCAGUCAGAUCACUGUAUAUUGCUUGCGUGAGACCAAUUGUCGAAUAUGGCUUAGAAAUUUGGCAUCACAAAAUUUUGAAAGGAGAAAUCCACAAGUUGGAAGUAAUGCAGAAUAUGGCUUUAAGAAGAAUUGUUGGUGCUUAUCGCACAACUCCUAUUGCGGUACUACAAAAGGAAGCUGGUAUUAUGCCAUAUAGUAUUAGGCUAAAAUUUAUGGUGGCACGAAAAGCUAUUCGUUUACACCUAAAUAUUAGCAAAACUAAUCCUAUUAAUGGUCAUUUGUUAACAUUGAUUGAGAAAUCUCCAAUUGCAAAGCUAACCACGCUUUACAUGUUGGCGAAAGAUGAUAGAGACUAUAUGAUUAAAAAGGAUGAAAACGAAAAUGCAAGAGGGUUGAACCUCUUACACUGA